AUGAAGACCGUGGCAACACUGUUCUUGAUGGUCGCUGUGGCGCGCGCUCUAGUCGCAACCAUCUCUGAGCCCUCGCUUAGCCAAAUCGGAGCUGCGGCGGCGACAGUCUUGCCCGAGUCCCCCGUUUCAAACGUGAAGGGUCUCAGUUUUGAUCGCUUUUACCAAAUUUGGUUGGAGAAUACAGCUUACACCGCGUCGGCGGCUGAUCCCAACAUGCAAUGGCUUGCCUCUCAAGGAAUUUUGUUGACCAACUACCAUGGCGUCACUCACCCCUCGGAGCCCAACUACUGUGCAGCCGCAGGUGGUGACACCUUCGGUAUGGACUGGGACCAAUGGGUUCAAGUACCCGCAAACAUCUCCUCAGUGCCAGAUCUCCUAGACACUAAGGGCAUCUCAUGGGCUGAAUACCAGGAGCACUUACCAUAUGCCGGUUUCCAAGGAUUCAAUUACUCCAAUCAGCAGACGUUCAAAGACGACUAUGUGCGACGACACAAUCCCUUGGUUCUCUAUGACGCCGUCGUUGCAGAUGAUACUCGGGUCCGCCAGAUCAAGAAUUUCACCGACUUUGAGAAAGAUCUGGAAAACAAGAGACUUCCCCAAUGGGCCUUUAUCACACCGAACGUCACGAACGAUGCCCACGAUACAAACAUCACAUUCGGUGCGAAAUGGGAACGCCACUGGAUGUCCGCCCUGUUGACAAACGAGUACUUCAUGAACAACACGCUUGUGCUUUUGACUUUCGACGAAGAUAUGUACGAUCUCAGUGACAAGUCGGCAACGUUUGACCAGAGCAACAGGGUGUAUAGCAUUUUGGUCGGUGGGGCCAUUCCUGAUCACUUGAGAGGCACCCAGGAUGAUACAUUCUACACGCACUACUCGACUAUCGCCUCGAUUUCUGCGAACUGGGGCCUUCCAUCCCUCGGACGCUGGGAUUGCGGAGCCAACAUCUUCGCAAUCGUCGCUAACCAGACCGGGUAUAUCAAUUACGACGUAGAUCUCACCCACUUGUACCUGAAUCAUACCUACCCAGGCCCAUUGACCACGGGAAUGCUGAAACAGUACUUUGGGGGCUCUUCUGACCUGAAAAUCACGGCUGAGUCCGCGUGGACUUGGCCUGUUCCCAACAUCGACGCUAAGUGCUCGGCUGGAAAUGGGGUUCUGGACUCCGUGAGGAAGACUUACCACGGCAUGAAAGCGACCUACAACUACACGUUUCCGUAUCCGUGGGAUGGAGUGAGCGGUUAUAACGUAAACGUGACUGCGACCCGCAAAUCAUCCAACACCACCUCCACCGGCAACAACACUUUCACCGUCACACAGUCCGCCAUUUCCAGGGCCUCUAGUGGUAUCAGACCCAGCUCGGGUGCUACUCUCAUCGCUGUCUUUGCUCUCUUUGCGCUUGUUUCGUAG